AUGCAGACACAAGAAAUAGUAGAAGACUCUAUAAAAGCAGCUAAGACGCCGUUAAAGGCCACGGGAAAUCCAUCAAAAACAUCAUUUAGAACAUCAUCUACAGUUUCUUCAUGUUCAAAUACUCCCAGAAGGUUAACAACGCCAGCACGUCGUUCAGCAACCCGCGUUCCCUUUCAAAAUAUGUCUUUAAAUGAAGAACCUGAAAGAGGCGGAUGUGAUGCACAGAAACGAUUGUUAUCAACGCCAGCUCUUAGAAUUGCACGGCCUUUAAGGCACCGAACAACUCGAAGUUCAGGAACGAGUGAAACAAAAAAUCCUAAGAAUAAUGGAAAUUUAGAUGUUUUAUGUGAGAAAAGGAAGCAAGAAAAGCGCGAAAAACAAAAUAAGAUAGUUUCUGUUACAUCUUCUCCAUCGAAAAAUCAAACAACAUUGCGUUUAAAAAGAUCAUCAAUGAUAACGAGUGCAGGACACUCAACAGAAGAAAAAGUGUCUUUUCAGAUAAAUUCAAACAAAGAAAAAGGUAAAGAAGAUUUAAACGAUGGGAGAGAAAAUUAUUUGAAAACAAAAAGCUGUAUAAAUCCACAGACAAAAACACAACUGAAAACAUACUUGCCUCAAACAAAUUUACAAAAGAAAUCAGUUAACAAAGGAAAAAAAGAAAUAGAUAAUAAGACAAGCAACAUGAAAGAAGGAUUUUCUAUGCCUGUUAAACCGAAAAAACAAACUUCAAAUGAUAUGAAACUAGAAGAUUUUCUAUGUAGUAAUAAAAAAACAAAUAUUAUAAAUGAAUCAUCCUUUAAAUAUCAGGAAACUUAUUCUUUAGAUAAUUCGGAUCCACAUGCUUUACAUACUCCUGAAUCAUAUAAGAAUACAUAUCAUGUCGAUGACAAAACAUAUAUCUAUCAACCUAUGGUUCUAACAGCGAAAUUAAGCAAUAUGAGAAUCACAACUCCAAGUCAUUGUCGUGAUAUACUUGUUCCGAUUACAAGUCACUAUUCAUCAAGUGAUUCAGAAUCGGAAUAUGAACUUAUGGAUAAAGAUGCAAACAAACUUUUUCAAAGUAUACCAAAUUCAUCAUUGAAUUCGUCAGCACUUAUUAAGGAGUCAAAGCCGCUAGGACAUGUUAUUGCAUAUUUAGAUAUUAAGGCAAUGGAUAAUAAUGAUGCUAGUCUAAGUUUUAAAUGUAUUCUAACUGAGCUUGGUGCAAUGAUUAAAGAAAAAUGGAAUUGGAGUGUUCCUUCGGCUGACAUGUUAAUAAGGAUGGAUGAUGCAUAUGGCUUUCAAAGCAUUGGUAUUACACACGUGAUAUGGCGAUCUGGAAGCACCAAAAUUCUUGAAAAAGUUAAAGCAGCAAACGAUUACUUAGAAAAAAUUAACGAGCCUCGAAAAAUACAUUGUGUAGGAAUAAAUUGGAUCAUGAAAUGCGAAGAAGAAGAUAGACAUGUUGAUGAAACAAAUUAUCUAAUAAACUUGGAUUUAGAUACAUUUUCAUAUAAUAAAAGAAGGUCCAUGGAGCCUAGGGCAUUAACACCUACAUUGUCCAAUUCGAUUAUGUCGCCAUCUGAAAAGAAGCCUUCUAUUCCUAAAACUGCACUACCCAAACCAUUUACAGAACUUGAACGAUGCAGUUUAAUUGCUGCAAAAAAGAAAAUUGAUUUUCAUAAACCAAUUGUAUCUAGUCCUCUUGCAAGGAAAUGCUGGACUAUUUCUUCCGAAUAA